AAUUGCAUCUGUAAUUGGAACAAACAAAACAAUAAAAGAAUAUGUUAUCAUCAUUAAACAGCAAUUAUCUUUCAUUAAACUUCUCCCACAUAUUCAGUUAACGCAUUAGUAAUAGUGAUUUUUAGGCGGGUCAUAAUGACUUAUGUGCUUGCUUACUUUCCGAGAGGUUUUAACCUAUUUUCGUAGUCUGUUUGGAAGCUGAUUGCUUUUUGCAAGUUCUAAUGUUUUAUGAAAAUUUUUUUUGUAAGGUAUGGCUGUAGCUCGUCGUUUACAAUCAUUUGCCGUAAAACAAAUUUUAUAUUGUCGUAGUAGUUCAAAUGAAAAUCAAUCUAAAAAGUUGGAUAAAGAUCUAAAUGAAAAUUUAUUUGAAUUAGUUGAAUUUAAACAAUUAUUAAAUCAAUCAGAUUUUGUUAUAAUAACAUGUUCAUUAAAUGAUUAUACAAGAAAUUUGUUUAAUUCAAAUACGUUUAAACAAAUGAAAUAUGGUGAUUGUAUAUUAAUAAAUACAGCACGUGGAGGUAUUGUUGAUCAAAAUGCAUUAUAUGAUGCAUUAAUUAGUGGACAAAUAUUAGCUGCUGUAUGGAUUUGUCGCAGUUCGCCACUUCAACUUUCGCCGACGUUCGCCAAUAGGCGGCGAAUGUCCAUAGACAUGCUUCAAUAG